UGAUUAAGUUGCUAAAAUGUUUAAACUUUUAGUUAUAGUAUUUGCAAUCACCAUAAACCAUGUUUAUGGGGAAAACAUAAUUGGAAACCCCUGCACCCUCAAGUCGUCUAACUCUUCAGGAGUAUGCAAACUCUUAAAGGAGUGUGAGGCGGUUCAAGACGAAAUAACGUCUGGUCACAAUGCGCCCCAAACUUGCGGCUACCAAGGAAUCCAAUCCGUAGUUUGUUGUCCAAACUCUCGUCGACCAGGAGAUAUCACCGAAAGAAAAUGUAGAGAAUUUUCUUCGUAUAUACAAGAGAAACAAUUAUGUGGACAUAAAAUUGUCCAGCUGAUUGUUGGAGGACAACGACCUGCUGAGCGAAAAGAGUUUCCGCAUAUGGCAGUCUUAGGAUAUCAGAACGAAGAUUCUGGGAAUCUUACGUGGUUAUGUGGAGGAUCACUUAUCAGUGAAGAAUAUAUUUUGACAGCUGCACAUUGUAUCCUUCCAGGUGGCUAUCUUAAACCAAAAUCAGUGUUGUUGGGGGUCACAGAUGUUAACGACACUAACCACAGACAAGAAAUAAAAAUAGCAAGUAUAAUAGUACAUCCAGAAUUUAAAUUUACUACCCGUCACAACGACAUAGCACUUUUAAAACUGGAGAAACCCGUAGAGUUGAAUUCUUAUGUUCGUCCGGCUUGUCUCAACACACACUUCGACAUUCCUGUUUCGCGAGUUAUUGCUACAGGAUGGGCAUAUACACGGUAUGGAGGAAGCGACAGUGAAAGAGUGUUUAAAAUAACACAAGAUAUUGUAGACCAUCAAACUUGUAAUAACAGGUUCAAAAGCGUGAAGAGGCUAAUUGUAAAUGACACCCAAAUUUGCACAAGCGACAAGAUUGAAGGAAAGGCUUGUCAGAGUAAUACUGGUGGUCCGCUCCAAAUAUAUCGGAUUGACGACGCUACCUCUUGUAUGUAUGAUAUAGUUGGCUUAACUUCGUUUGGAGUGGAAUGUUCCGGCGGUCCCACUGUAAAUACUCGAGUUUCGCAGUACAUUAAGUGGAUUGAAGACACAGUUUGGCCAGAAAAUGCAUAAUCAAAUUAGUGAUUUUGACUUGUCGCAAACAUUUAACGAAUGAGUUUAUCAUAUGCAGAGCUGUUCAGUACUUUAAGUAAAAGUACUUGAAGUACUACUUCAAGUACUUUACUUGAAGUACGUU